AUGACUCAGCAUGCUGUUAACGAUCUGAUACAAAAAGAGGCCAAAAAAACUGAUCAAGCCAAAGAAUUAUGGUUACGCGUUAGUGAACAGGUUCCAACAAUCCCAAAGCAGAAGUUAAUAAACUUGUGCCGGCGAAAAUUUCACAAUUACGACGCGCGUGGUGCCUGGACGCCGGUUCAAGACGAAGAUUUAAAGGCCUUAUACGAUAAAUAUCCAAAUAAGUGGACAACCAUAGGACAAAUCAUGAAUCGAUUUCCUGAAGACUGCCGAGAUCGGUGGAGAAAUUAUUUAGUUUGUGGGGAUAAGUUGAGGAAAGUCGCAUGGGAAUUCGAAGAAGAGCAAAGACUCAGAUGUGCCGUAGGAGAAUUUCUAAAGAAAUAUCAUGAAGAGCACAAUGUAGCUGAUGUAGAUGACAAUCUUUUGAUUGACUGGCAAACAAUAAGUAGGAUGAUGGGUCAUAGUCGGAGCCGUCUUCAAUGUUCCUUUAAAUGGAAAGCAUUAAGAGAUCGAUGCGAGUCUGGCGAUGAUAAUGAGUCCGGUGAUGCCAGUAAGACUAAGCCUUUGUCUCGAACACCAUGGCGCCUAGAAGACGCUAAAGAAAAGGUCAGGGUUAUGUGUGCCCAUCAAAAGCUGCAGCUUCUCUAUGCAAUUAAAGUUUGUGGGUCUAAGCGAGAGAGUAAAAUACCGUGGGUUCAGAUUGAAAAGCUGAAUCCUGGUAUUUCAGGAAACAAACUAGCCCUACGUCUUAUAUUCAAACACCUCAAAGAUCAGGUUCCUCAGCAUGAAGAGAAAAAGAUACCGGAAAUAGUCCAGUAUCUAAUAGAUGCCUAUGAAGCAGCGUCUCCAAACGAGCCAGUGGGUUUUAGUGAACUGGAACCAUCGACGGAGAAGGAAAGGCGUGCUCCUUUAAAAAUACGGAAGAAAAGAAUAUACAGGUCAGCGUUGACAGUGGAUGAGAGCGACCUUAGUGAAGACCUUGAAACUCAAAUAUCACCCCAAACAAAUUCUAAGCACUGCAGCAUAGCAAUAACAAAAGUGGGGAAAGAAAAGAUGAGACCUAGCCUAAAAGCACUCGAAACUUCAAGUAUGCAAGAUAAAGAGUGCAAAUCUCCCAAGGAAAGCCUUCAGAGCAGUCAAAGUUGUACGUUCGCCUCGGAUAAUAUAUUUCCAGAGAGGAAUCAGGUGACGAAAAAACGCACCAGGCCUCGUCGAACGUAUGGACGCACUUGUAAACCACCUCUUGUCCGAGCCCAGAGGAGUCAUGCGCCUAUGUUAUGA